ACUCAUACUGCCUGAUCAUCCAUCCAACCAAAUCCGGCUGUCAGACUGUGGACCGGAGCUAAACGAAACAAAUGCUUCACGGUUGCCUUUUACUUAUUUUCCCAUAAACAACUCCUCGGUUUCGCAGCCAUGGAGUUGUCUGAAAUAUUAUACAACAAAGCGGAGUAUAUUGAGACGGCGUCUGGCAACAAGGUUAGCAGGCAAUCGGUACUGUGUGGAAGUCAAAACAUCGUACUUAAUGGCAAAACCAUCGUCAUGAAUGACUGCAUCAUCCGGGGCGACCUGGCUAAUGUCAGGGUGGGUAGACAUUGUGUCGUCAAAAGCAGGAGUGUCAUUCGUCCACCUUUCAAGAAGUUCAGCAAAGGAGUGGCCUUCUUCCCACUGCACAUCGGUGACCACGUGUUCAUCGAGGAGGACUGCGUGGUGAAUGCGGCCCAGAUCGGAUCCUACGUCCACAUUGGCAAGAACUGCGUCAUAGGUCGUCGCUGUGUGCUGAAAGACUGCUGCAAGAUCUUAGACAACACUGUUCUUCCUCCAGAGACAGUGGUGCCUCCUUUUACCAUCUUUUCAGGAUGCCCAGGUUUGUUUUCGGGAGAGCUUCCAGAGUGUACACAGGACUUAAUGAUUGAUGUCACGAAGAGCUACUACCAGAAGUUUCUUCCACUUAGCCAGAUAUAAGACCCGCCAUCUCAACCUUCUUUUGCUUUGUACACUGUCCAUCUUGCGGUCUCUGCAUAGUCGUUGACACCUUUGACUCCCGACAAG